AUAUACCCCUCUGUGGGAAGCAAAGACUGCUCAAGUUGUAUUCAAGACGCUGCAAAAGAAAUUCGGCAACGUUGUCCAGACCAAGCAGCUGCAACGAUUUGGUAUGACUUUUGCUUCUUGAAGUACAGCAACAAGAGUUUCAUUGGAGAAGUUGAUGCGUCUUAUGGUAUAAUCUUCUAUAAUACUCAGAAUGUGACUGACCCUGAGAAGUUUGUCAAAGAACUAGGAGCUCUGGUGGAUAAUAUUAAAGCACAAGCUAUGGAGCCAAAGAAUCUAGGAUUUGGGAAAGGUGAGACCAAGUUGUCACCAUUGACGACACUCUAUGCCUUUGGGCAAUGCACAAGGGACUUGGCUAAGCUAGAUUGUUCUCAGUGCUUGGCCAAUGCAGUGGGAUACUACGAAACCAUUUGUGGCAAUCGAAGGGGAUGUCGAGUUCUGUAUGGUAGUUGCUAUGUCAGAUAUGAGCUCUAUCCAAUUUUCUACCCUGUUGGUUCCAACAGUAGUAUGAAUGUUGUGGCUGAUGAAACUAAAAUGACUCUAGUUAAUCCAUAGAAUAUGUAAUCAGUAUGCUGGUUGUUCAAAAUAAGCUACUCCAUUACGGUGUAUUUUAAUAAGUAUUCACAUG